UGAAGCUUUAACAUUGUUGCGAAGACCAGACUCUCAGACUCAGACUCGGGAGGUAUUGGAUUCUAUCUGAUCUGCUCGAUUUUUUCUCUAUUUUCUUGCUCUCUACAUUAUAGCUGAUCGAUUUCUCAUCUUGUUGUUGUUGUCCCUGCUUGAUUGGUAGAUCUCGAGGGGGUUUAAGCUCUGCAUUUGAUUUAAGUUCUGAGUUUUCGAUAAUCUGAUCGAAUCUGGAAAUCAUAGUAUUAGAUUCUACAGAAAUCAAGUUCGAUCCUUAACCAAGAGAUUCUGUAGUCUUUCAAGGUCGAAUUAUAGAAGGAUUUUUAUUGAUAUAUGGCAGUCCACUACUGGACAGCCCUGUUUCUAUUGUUGCCAUGCCUUUUCUGUAUUUCAAAUGCUAGUGCUGGCGAUGCUGAUCCAGAUUACAGGACAUGUGUUUCAGAAUGUGAGAUAAGCGGUUGUGUUGGACAACUUUGCUUUCCUCAGUGCAAUUCUUCAUCCGAUGGUGGUCCAUGGUACAUCCAAGAACCUUUGUAUUUACAAUGGAAAAAAUGGGGUUGUCAAGGUGAUUGCCGUUAUCAAUGUAUGGUUAAUAGAGAGACUGAACGGGAAACUCUCGGUCAAGCCCCAGUCAAGUACCAUGGUAAAUGGCCCUUCAAGCGUGUACUUGGGAUUCAGGAGCCUGCUUCUGUUGCUUUCUCUGUACUCAACCUAGCAAUGCAUUUCCAUGGUUGGCUUUCCUUUUUCAUCAUGAUCUACUAUAAGUUGCCUCUGAAACAAGAUAGGACAGCGUACUAUGAAUACGUUGGUUUGUGGCAUAUCUACGGUCUCCUGUCCAUGAACUCUUGGUUCUGGAGUGCUGUUUUCCACAGCCGGGAUGUUGACCUUACAGAGAGGUUGGACUACUCAUCCGCAGUAGCGAUUCUCGGAUUCUCACUCAUCUUAGCCAUUUUACGAACAUUUGAUAUUCGGGUUGAGGCUGCAAGGGUCAUGGUAUCCGCUCCAAUACUAGCUUUUGUAACCACCCACAUACUCUACAUAAACUUCUACAAACUCGACUAUGGCUGGAACAUGAUUGUGUGUGUGGCAAUGGGAGUCUCACAGCUUUUCCUAUGGGCAAGAUGGGCCGCUGUCUCAAGCCACCCUUCUAAUUGGAAACUUUGGGUGGUUGUGAUAGCUGGAGGAUUAGCCAUGCUUCUAGAGAUAUAUGAUUUUCCUCCAUAUGAAGGCUACUUCGAUGCUCACUCGAUCUGGCACGCUGCCACAAUUCCCUUAACCAUUCUCUGGUGGAGCUUCAUUAGAGACGAUGCUGAGUUCAGAACUUCCAGCCUCCUCAAGAAAACUAAGACGAAGGCAAAGUGAGUCUCUUUGCUAAGUUUUACAAGGAUUUUUAUCCGACCAUACGAGUAUGCAGACACGAGGGAAAAACAAAAGAUGGAAAUGGAUUUAAACAUCACGAAGAAGGCAGAGUCUUUUGUUUAAAGCUAGCUGGUUUAUGGAUUCACAGGUUUCUUCAGUUUUUUUUAUUUUAUAUUGUUACAUUAACUGUUGAAUUUGCUUUGAGCCUUUCAGUGUUUUUCUUUGGCCUUACUUUUGGUUAAGAAAGAUUUUGAUAUCAUUUACUCAUUCAUACACAGACUCAUGCGAAACCAUUUUGAAUUCAGAUUCUGUCAAUAUUUUCGAGACAAUCUUGUAAUCUAUAGGAUUUUGUAUAAAAAUUUGGAUCU